GUGCAUUUGUCUUCGAGGAACCUGGGGUGUUCUUUUCAUCAGUUCAAUCUCUCUCUGGCACUUGAGUCCUGAUUGGCUGAAGGACUUAGGGGAAAAAAAAAUCUUUAAUUAAGUAGAUAAUCUCUUCUUAGGAAGUUGUGCGGCUCCAUUUCACCAGCCCCCUUUAGCUCUUACUUUAGGAUUGGUUAUCCUUUGCAGAAGGUGGGAUUCAGGAGGCAUCCGCCUCUUCAUCACACCAGGACUGCCGGCUGGAAAAUAACUCCAUCCCUUCCCUAAAUUAGUUGUGCUUCUUUUUUUUUUUUUUUUUCCUUUUCUCUGGUGGUGGUGGUGGCACUCAAGUUUGGGGUUUUUUUAGGAUCUCCUUUCUCCCUCUUUAUUUGGAUUUUAUAUUUCACAUGGACCCUUAUCUGGGCAUCUUCUUCCUCACUCCCUUCUUCCAGUCCUGCUAUGCCUGGUCAGUGAAUAAUUUCCUGAUGACGGGCCCCAAGGCCUAUCUCAUCUACUCCAGCAGCGUGGCGGCUGGGGCGCAGAGCGGCAUCGAGGAGUGCAAGUUCCAGUUCGCCUGGGACCGCUGGAACUGCCCGGAGAGGGCACUGCAGCUCUCCAGCCACGGUGGGCUGCGCAGUGCAAACCGAGAAACAGCCUUUGUCCACGCCAUCAGCUCUGCAGGUGUCAUGUACACGCUGACCCGGAACUGCAGCCUGGGGGAUUUUGACAACUGUGGCUGUGACGACUCCCGCAAUGGACAGCUGGGGGGACAAGGCUGGCUGUGGGGAGGCUGCAGCGAUAACGUGGGCUUUGGGGAAGCUAUUUCCAAGCAGUUUGUGGAUGCCCUGGAGACUGGACAAGAUGCCAGAGCUGCUAUGAACCUGCAUAACAACGAGGCAGGUAGAAAGGCAGUGAAAGGGACCAUGAAGCGGACUUGCAAAUGCCAUGGUGUGUCGGGGAGCUGCACCACCCAGACCUGCUGGCUGCAGUUGCCCGAGUUCCGGGAGGUGGGCACUUAUCUCAAGGAGCGGUACCACAAAGCCCUGAAGGUGGACUUGCUGCAGGGAGCAGGGAACAGCGCUGCCAGCCGGGGUGCCAUUGCUGAGACCUUCAGUUCCAUCUCCAAGAAGGAACUGGUCCAUUUGGAAGACUCUCCUGACUACUGCCUGGAGAACAAGACGCUGGGGCUGCUGGGCACGGAGGGCAGGGAGUGCCUGAAGAGGGGCAAGGCGCUCAGCAAGUGGGAGAAGCGGAGCUGCCGGCGGCUGUGCGGGGACUGCGGGCUGGCGGUGGAGGAGAGGCGAGCCGAGAUGGUGUCCAGCUGCAACUGCAAGUUCCACUGGUGCUGCGCUGUGCGCUGCGAGCAGUGCCGCAAGCGCGUCACCAAGUACUUCUGUGUCCGCAAGGAGAAGCGGGAGCGGAGCGGGGGCGGCGCAGCCAGCCGCAAGCUCAAGAGAAAGCUCUGACUUGCUUCUGCUCCUCCACAGCUCUGUCUGCCCCUCUCCUCUCCUGCCCUUCCCAUCAGCUCCUGGCACCACUUCUGUUUGGCAUAGUUUGGUCUCAUUCCCGCUGCUGUCUCACUGGGGCUUGGGCAAGGCAAAAGAGCCUUGUAUGAGUGCUCAGGCCUUGCCCAUACAGGGCAUUAGUGCAGUGGGUAAUGUCUUCUGGGGAGACCUUCAAGGGUUCACAAAACAAGGUGAGACUCCGUCCCUUCAACUCAGUGUCACUCUAUCCAGUGACUACGGCAUUAUCUCUGAAAUCACGGGAGGUCUUGGUGGCUCCUGUGGUUUUGAGCUGGUCUGUUCCCCAAACAAGCACCUGCUCUGGGCUUUUGAGUAAGUGAGAUAAAAAGUACAAGGAAACUGAGGUGGCAUCAGCAACUGGGCAACUCAGAUCAGUAAUCUGUAAUUGAGAAGAGGCUUUUAAAAAAUAGAGGUAUUAAAACAGUUAUUGCCUCAGGCCUACAGUAUGAGGAGAUACAAAAGACAUGCAACUCCUUUCUCGGCUAGACAGCGUCCAGGGACCCCACAGCUUGGCUUCCCACCAUCUGACAGCUUUGCUAAGCUCUCCAGUGCUUUACUUUGCAUUUGAAAUGGCAGCAGCAAGAUCCAAAUUGCUGCUUGAUCUGCCCAUUACACAGCUGUCCAAAAUAGGGGUCCCAUCACUUGGUUUUUACAUGCUUUCUCUAUGUCUUCCAAGUCUCCAGGUCUGGUCUCCCUUUUUAGGCCAGCAUUCCCAUCAAAGCCCCUGACUGAUGCCAUAAAGAUGCCCUCACAUUUCUCCACUACCUCCUUCCUCCCAAAUCGCUCCCAGAGAGAGCUACCAAGCUGAGCCUACUCCCCAUGUCCUGGUGUACUUGCCAAGCACUCUUACCCCGUCAGCUAACUAACUAAACACUUCUUCCUAGUCUGAGAAAAUAAUAUCAGUUACUAUUUAAUGGUGGUGUAAAUAGGAAAGUGAAGCACUUUGAAGUUUAAUUUAUUGCACAGUUACUGUGAUGUAUACAUAACAGUUUUUCCUCUACCACUUAUUGUAUAUAUUCUAUAGGCUAAGCAAGCAGCAGGAAGAUUUGGUUGAAGCAUCUCUGUUCCCUUGCUGAGGCUAGGGGAGGGAGGUAAGAAGCUGCCAGCUGCAGGAUUUGGGGAAGCUCACUGCACCAUCACAGCAAUCUUCCUCUGUGCUGCAAUAAGAUCAUCUACUUUGCUGUUUGAAGUGUCCUUUAGCCAGACAAGAAGCCAGCAGAGCUGUUACUGGCCAUUAGACCCAUCUUGUAGCCAAUCUUUUGUAAACCAAUAGCUAAUGCAAUAAAUCAGUAGCCAAGUGCUUGCAAAA